UAUGUAGUCCAGUGCGAUCGGAGCGUGAGGCAGCAGCGUUGGCCUGGAGACAGAAGCCUCAGAUAACAGAACAUCUGCAGACAAGACCGUCUCAUUACACCUUCUACCUCCAGAGUCUGGGGGUUUGUGUAAUGAGCAGAGGACCAUGGGACAAGAGGGAAGCCACAACGAGGAGAUGGGUCUGGCUCAGAUCCAGGAGCUGUGCAUCGUCUUCAUGAAGGAGUGUCCGAGCGGCGCGCUGCACCUCCACGAGCUGAGGAGGAUCUUCGGGGUCCCGAGCAGCUCCGCAGAGGAGUCGCUCUACAUCGAGACGGUGUUCCACUCCUUUGACACCAACCGGGACAAUGCGCUGGAUUUCCUGGAGUACGUGGCGGCGCUUCACCUGCUCCUCCGGGGGAACCUGGAAGACCGACUCAAGUGGUCGUUCAAGAUGUACGACAAGGACGGCAACGGGAGGUUGGACCGGCAGGAGGUGCAGCGGAUCAUACGGAUAAUUUACAAAAUCAAGCUCCCGACGAGCGACGUCAGCAUGACUCCGUCUGAUAUCUGUGACAGGAUCUUUGAUUUGGUCGACCAGAAUCAGGACGGUCAGAUCUCCUUGUCAGAGUUCAUGGAGGGAGCUCAGCAGGAUGAGUGGGUCAUGAACAUGCUGAAGCUCGACGUCAACGUCACCGGCUGGGUCCUGCAGAACUGUGGCAGAUUACCGUGACCCGCUGGCGUCGGUUCACCGCCCACGUGUCUUUGGUGUGUGAGGCCUCUUCGCUCUGAAACGAGCUCCUGCGACUCGCAGCUGCAGUGAACUUCUUCACAGCUGCAGUUUGACUCCGGUCCAAAGGUUCCAGAGUCGUCGCUGGUCGUGUGGUCCGAGUCGGCAUCGAGCCACGUCUCCGUCUCUGGAGACACAAUACUCACAUAGUGUUUUCUUCAAAUCACUACACUCACUUAUUGUACAUAUAUGUAUAUGUAAUAUACAAACAGUGUUUUUCUUAUUGCAUAUUUUUCCAUAUUGGUUCAGACAUUUAACUAAAGAGGAUUCAAACAUUUACAUUUUAUUAACAUGGUCAAAUGUUUUCUACUCACAGUUUGAGAGUGAUGACGCUAUGACAAAGUACAAAUAUAUAAAACAUUAUAUUGUGCAUAUAUAUGGUUUUACUCAGUUGUGGUGGUUUAAAAUGUUUUAUAUUUCAUUAUUAAAGCAGCAUUCAUUCGUUUUUUUGGCAACAAAACUAUUUAAAACACAAUAUGAAGUUGUUGGAACAAAUGUGUUUGCGAACAGAGCGACACCGACGUUUGUUUGAAAUUGUUUUUCAAGGGUUUUUAAGGCCCAUAAUUCAAAAUCUGCCCCCGGAUGAUGUUCCACUUUCUUCAGCAGCUAUCGCCCCGUUUAGUGCUGGACACAUCUGGACACAUCUGGACACAUCUGGACACAUCUGGACAUCAGACGUGUCACAGACAACAGCUGCCUGCAUCUGGAAACGAGGUUGAUGAGGCGGUGAGAGUCAAACUGAAGCUUAGUAAAUGAUAAUCGGAAGUAGUCACACACUUAACUUCACUAAAAGUAUCAUUACACUUAUGUUAAAAAAUGUACAUUGUAUAGAUUAUAUGAAAACUUGAUUCAGUGGAUCAGGAAGACGGAGACCGUGGAUGUUUAUUACAGGAGCUCAAUAUAUUGAGGAGAUUUGUGGUUCGUGACACAGAUCAACAGGUGGUCAGUGCAUGGUGUCUCUGAGUGUAUUUAUCUCACAAUAAUAUGGUCAUCAAACAGACUGACUGACUGUCUCCAUAGAAACGCUCUGUCUCUGUCUCUGUCUCAGUACAUUUAGGACAAAGGGCCACUCAACAGUCUAAGAGUCUUAGCUUCAGCGUGUGAGCAGCAUGUUACUGUUCAAGCUGCUGCCGGUGGCGAGGCUGGUUUAUAUGUAGAUUCGUCCAUCACCCAGGAUCUAUUCCGCUCGUCCUCUGAGGGGCUGGGAGCUGGAGACAAUCCCAGCUGACGUUGACAGAGGGGCGGGGUUUGUCCUGGACGGACAGGUCGCCCACACCAAUGUGUGUAAGACGUCAGGAGCCACAAAGGUUCAGAACCAAAGGUUCAGUAACAAGAUGAAUCAGUUGACAAACAGUCAAAAUAUUGAAUGACCCCAGACUUACAUGUGGUCACUUUAGAGUGAUGCAGUAUAUUGACUGUUGUUGUUUUAUAAUCUGAAGAAAAGAAAAAUGUUGUAUUUGUUUCAGAUGAAUUUAUU